AUGCCGUCUCCUGCGACCCCGCAUCGUCCCAAGACUGGGGGGAGUGCCAAACCCACUCCAACGAAACCACUGGAUAUUGGCCUCCCGCUCGGGGUCCACGAUACAAACACCGUUCGCGCAAGAGUGCGCAACUGGCAACAACAAGGAGGCGGAGUGAUCACGAUCGACGAUGGAUUGUACGACGAUGAAGAAAAUGACGAGAACGAGAAAAAAGCCAAGCCUGCGCCCAAAUCGAUAAAGCCAAAGUCUGAUGCUGGGAAGGACAAGGAGAAGGAGAAGGAAAAGGAAAAGGAAAAGGAGAGGGAAAAGGAAAAGCCGGCAAAAGUAAAGAUGACAAAAGGCCCCAUGGGGCAGACAAGGAAGCGCAGUCACAGCACUCCGCGCAAACGAGUUAUUAGCGAUGAACACUGGAGGAGGAACCGAUCAACUACCUCGGUAGGACAAACUUCCACACGCAACCUGCCGGCUCCCAAGCGCAUCAAUGAAUACACUACAAACGAAGAUGCGGGAUCGGGAAAGAAAGACAACCCCAAAGGUGGUCUCCUCGAAAAAAGCCGAGAUACCCCGCGAGCGGCAGUGAAAACGCCGGUCAAGGAAUGGAAGUCGGCUCCUCGCAAAAGGCCCGACUCUGUGGUGGAAAGCGACUGGGAGACAGAGGCGGAUCGGCCCAAAUCUGCCAUCCGGUCGGAGGUGUCGGAGAAGCAAAAGAGACAAUCGCCACCACCUGAGGAUGCGGCAGAAUGGGCACGCAGCGAGGCUGACUUCUCAGAAUUGUCACGGAGGCGCGCUCGAGGCCAUCCACAGAUACCUAAAGGAGGCAUAUUUGCACAGAUGCUGGACGAGUCUAGGAAGAUGUUCACGAUACCCAAAGUGGAGCCUCCAAGACCUCCACCAACGGCAAACCGAGGCGCGAAGAUCGAGGCUUGGUUAACGGAUACACCGGAUCCUUUCUUGGAUGAUGCUCACAGAAUUGAUAUGCCUGGUCCGCUGGAUAUCAAAUCAGCACGAGAGAGACGAUCCAAAAGAGUGGUCAACACAGACACUGCGAGUAGCCUGACCUCCGACACGAUAGCAGAAAGUGAGCCUCGCCCCAAGAGCUCUCAUAGCCGAACUAAAGAAAAGGAUCGCCGUCCAUCAAGCGAUAGGCAACGCAAGAUUGAGAUUGUUUCAGCACCUAGGCGAGCAAGUGUCGACAAGUCCCGCAAAUCUCCAAAAGCCAAAGUCGAAAAACAUCUACGAGAGUCGCUAUACGAGGACAGCCUUGCGACAUCCGAGUCCGAAUUCCAAGCAGAGUCAGAAAUAUCCGAGGUGUCGGCAAACAAUGCACCCGUACCUCUAGGUCUUAGCAAGCCAUUCCCAAGUACCGGGCACCGCCGUCUAUCGACAAUCGCUUCAAGCGAAGCUUCGAGCACCCUUCCAGAGGGAUCAUCCAUGUCAGCUCCAUCGGCCCCAGAGAAGAAUACGGCCAGCAUCUCAAACCGCGAGUCCAAGCCCACGGAACAAUCUAGACCCACAGAAGAAGCAGAAGAGGCCGCAGAAGAGAAAGAUCAGUUUGAUCCCGAUUCCCUUCCUGUGGUUUCAUCACAGCUGAAACGUCGACUCACAAACCACAAUGAUCUCAUGUCUGUUCUCUCGGUUCCUGCAUCCAGAAGUAGAAGCAUAAGGUCAGCUCGCAGUAUUCGGACUAAUAAAAGUCGACUGGCUAGUGCAACAAUCCCCGACCUUCUGGCUGAGCUGUCCGCCGAUGAGGCCAAAUAUAUGCGAGAACUGAAGACUCUUGUCGGCGGUGUCAUCCCUGUCCUUCUGACAUGUGUUCUUUCACGCUCAGAUUCAGCCAUCGCCGCUGGCCUGUUCCGUCCUUCGCUGGAUCCGAAGGACGAUUUGAACUUUUCUAAGCCAAUUGUUAACAUGGGUGUUGCUGUCGAGCGCCUGAAGACAUUACACAAGCGCAUUCCUCAGAAUGACACAGACGCCCUGCUGACUUGGGCCCAGGGGGCGCAAAGAGUGUAUAAGGAGUACCUCAAAGCCUGGAGACUUGGUUUUAAAGAUGUCAUUGUCAAUCUUGCUCCCCUUGAAGAAGACGAGGACAACGAAAAUGCCGAGACAAAGAGUCUCGAUGAAGGCAUGGAGAGAGAUGAAAAUGGGGAUGUUGUGGAUUCUGAUGGCGACAAGGUUGAUGUGGCCUACCUAUUGAAGCGCCCCUUGGUACGACUGAAGUAUCUUGCCAAGAGCUUCAAAGGUAUUAAUACUCUGAACCCGUCACCAAAGGCCGAGGAAAUCGCGACCGCCUACCAGGCUCUCGUGCUCGAUGCUCGUAAGCGAGCUCGGGACGAGAGGGCGAGACUUGAGGACGAGUCUGCUGCUAGCAUUGACUCAACUCGCGCGAGAGAUCCCAUGACCUUAGGAGUCGCUCGGAAUGUUGUCGUUGACCGCACUCGGCGUGUCCGGGCUCGUGAUUUCUUCAACUUCUCACUGUACCAUUCCAGUGGCCAAACGGUAGACUGCCGAGCAGAGCUACUGUACCGAGACAAUGUUUCCGGAAAUGGAUCUGGAGGGGACUUGAUGAUUUGUGAGAUUGAUCAUUCAGAUCGCUGGCUUCUUUUCCCGCCUAUGGACCUUCGAUGUGUCUCAGCUCGUAAUGGUGAAGCUGGCGAGAUUGUGCUCAUGCUUCGCAGUGCCCCCGAAGAGGAGAAAUAUUGGCAGGAACUGAUCUCUCUUCGCAUCGAUGACUACGAGAUCGGUGUAGAAUGGGUUUCGCUGCUAGGCUCCGAUCCUAUUCCCCCAUCCAUUUUCCGGAGCCAAAGCUUUAUCAGCCGAGCAAAGCAACAUAAAGCGCGCAAGUCUUCUGUCAGCGACUCCCCGCCUCGAGUCAACCUCAAUGAUGUUGAAAUUCCAAUUGGCGAAAGACGACGCUCUUUCACUCCCAAAGAGCAGUUUUCCGAGCCGAGCACUGUCAGCUCUUCCGCCACUGAUACAAGAAGCUCCAUGUGCUCUGCAGUGACCCGUGAAACGGACUACACUACAGGAGGCUCCGAGCUCUCGGUCAAGCCGCCUCGCUCCGCCUUGCAAUCUCUGCCUUCUCAGAACAAUGCAGAUAGAUCCUCUAAUGGGUUGAAAAGAUCAAAGGCAAAGAGACAGUCGAGAUAUGGUGAUAGUCCGGCUUCAGAGGCGCCGUCCCCCCAGACGAUUGUUGAGGAGCCAGUGCAGGUCGCGGAGUCCACACCAUCUAAAAUUAGGUACUAUGGUGAAGGUAGUGAUGUUAGCCAAAACACAGCUUCCCCCAAGCCAAAACCCAAGUCUGCGUCGAAGAUCCCACAGCCCAAGACCCCACGAAAGCAGGUGUCUCCAGAGCCCGAAUCCCCUCGCGUAUCAUCAGUGCCCUCGGCGCAUCUGCCCCAGAUUCCUAAACUUCGGACUCCCAGCAGCCAAACCCACAUGUCAACACCGAGCAGCCUUGGUGUCGACGAGGAGGAAGAUUACCCUGCUCUGGAAUGUCUGCCAACUCAAGAGCUCCCCGAGACCCCUACUAAGUCCCGAAGAAGAAAAUCUCGUCACAAAUCGACUCAUCACGAUGAUGCACCUCCUCCUCCACCACCCCAUCGCUCACCGAGCUCCUCCACAGGAAAACUUUCCAAUAGCCCUGUUCUCAGUCCAUCAGGUGUUCGACUUAAGCGCAGGGGCUCUUCGCCAUUGAAGCACGAAUAUGAACCCUCCACGGCUUCAGAUUCCUACACGGAGUCUGAUUCUGAUGCAUCAACAGUGCGCCAUUACAGCUACUCCUCAUCGGAAUACUCGAGGUCCGAUUCAGAGGAUUCUUACUCCUCGGCCUCAGACUCCGACUAUGAAGAAAGUGAUAUUAGCGAGCUUCCCAAGCCAAGGCGCUUGGAGUCCGGUACUUCUGAGGCAAGCUCCUUAUCUCCUUCCAAUUCGGCAUCACAAAGCGGGUAUCGGACUGUCCCCUUACAACCUACCAAGUCUUCAAAAGCCACCGCAUCCAUUUUUGCGUGGUCGGACAAGGGAAGUUGGGAAGCUCUUCUUCCUGACGAAUGCAGUAUAACGAUUAGCCCUGGACUCAUUGAAGCGUUCAAGAUGAAUGCCGACUCUCGAUCAAAGCCACUCAUCUCUAUGGAGCUCACUCCACUCGUCCCCAUCCGCCGGGGUACAGCCAUCGACAUUAGCAUUCGUUCACCUCCUACUCAUCGUUCCAAGAUCACAUCCAGCAACAAUAUAAUGUUCCGGUCUCAAAACCCAGAUGACUGCGAUGCUUUGUAUGCCCUCAUCAACCAAGCACGCAUUAAUAACCCAACCUAUAUUGCUCUUCAAAACGCCCGUGGGCCCUUGAACGACACUGUCCAGACCUUUGAGCCCGCCACCAAGUCUGGCGGAAGCUGGUUUGGCUUCCCCCGCCGCAGAAGAAGCUACCGGGCCUCAAAUAGCUCCCCGCGUUCCCUCGCCGAGGGCUCCGAAAGCAGUGUCGGAACCAUGAGCAGUGCCUUUUCCGCCCUGAAACGUUUUGGUGGAGGAAGUAAGAUGUUCAACAUUGCCCGUUCAACAGUCAGCUCCCGCACCGGUCGCGAAGGAAGCAUCUACUCCGGCUCCGGCGACUCUGGCGAGACCCCCUCAGGAUCAACCGGCAUUGACCGUAUAGCAGCUGCGAUCAAGGGUGCCGACGGAAUUGGCCUUUCAAACGCCAAGAUCCGCAUCUACCUUCGCGAAUCAGCUUCUAAGUGGCGCGACAUGGGUGCUGCCCGCCUAACAAUCAUGCCCGCUCCACCUAAGAACCUCUCUCGCCCUGGAACAGCCGUCAGUGGCCGCAGCGAGAACAGUGCCUCGCCCGCCGAUGGAGAAAAUUCCCCUACCAGCUCCGGAGCGGCAACUCCACGCGCCGACGUUGAGUCCGAAAAGCGGAUUGUUGUUCGAGGCAAGACGCGUGGUGAGAUCUUAUUAGAUGUCUGUCUUCCCGAAAGCUCAUUUGAGCGGAUCGCUCGCACCGGAAUCGCCGUUUCAGUCUACGAAGAGACCAAUGAUGGCGUCGUCUCGAAGCAAGGUGGUGUGACGACGAGUUCUCAAAAGAUCUUUAUGAUUCAAAUGAAGAGUGAGGCCGAAGCUGCCUAUACUUUUGGGCUUGUCGGUAAACUGCGGUACUAG